ACAGUGUUAGAGAUGUUUGGGUGUGAGUGUUUUUGGUGGAACAGUGUUCCUGAAUCCUACCCUUCUCAGCCAGAGCCCUUCUCUCUACCAGCACCUCUUCCACAAUGGCCACAAGCGCACAGAGUGUCUUUAACGUGAUAUUAACUUAUGGAGCUGAGGGUGAUACACCGGGACUGAUUGGACUGGUACAACUGAUGGAAUAAUUGGGUUUGUUGUUUUAAUGGGGUUAUCAAGUUACCAACUAAUUUAAAAAGAAAAAUGUUGUGUCGUUGUCCUUGAUUUCGCAUGUUGUCUCACAAAUCAACUCAGAGAAGCAGAGAACCACUCCUCCAUUUUCUUUUUCUUGGAUGUAAAAUUGUGGCCAUAGCAUUAAUCAAUGCUCUACAUACUGCUUUGCCUCAACAAAUGGCUGAAAAAACUGGUUUUUGUUACGGAAAACAAAGUGAUGGUUUUGCUAGUGGAAGAAUAAGCCUUGGAAGACUAGAAGUUUUAAAAGUAAGCAAGUUUGAGAGAGUUUGGAGCUGCCCAAGUUCGCAUGGUAAAUCACAGGGCUUUGUAUUUUACAAACCUUUAGAGAUUCCAGAUGGUUUUUUCUGCCUAGGUCACUACUGCCAGUCCAAUGACCAGCCAUUGAGAGGGCAUGUUCUUGUGGCUCGUGAAACUUGUUCUGAACCUGAACUUGAAUCUCCAGCUCUUAAAAAACCAAUUAACUACUCUUUGAUAUGGAGUGCUGAUUCACCACAUGAUGGAUGUGGUUAUUUUUGGUUACCAAAUCCUCCAUUAGGAUACAAAGCAAUGGGCAUAGUAGUUACCAACAAACCAGACGAACCUGAAGUUGAAGAAGUCAGAUGUGUACGAGCCGAUUUGACGGAAACAUGCGAGACUUGUGAUCUAUUACUAUCCAUGAGCUCAAAAUUUUCAAGAAUUUCAUUCAAGGUUUGGAACACAAGGCCUUGUAAAAGAGGGAUGUGGGGUAGAGGUGUAUCAGUUGGGACAUUCUUCUGCAGCACCUAUUCUAACUCUGAAAAAAUAGCAGAUAUUGCUUGCUUGAAGAAUCUUGACUCCACCUUACAUGCCAUGCCAAACAUAAACCAAGUUCAUGCACUCAUCAAUGAAUAUGGCCCCACUGUAUACUUCCACCCUGAUGAGAUAUACUUGCCAUCAUCAGUGCAAUGGUUUUUCAAAAACGGAGCACUUGUGUAUUCAAGAGACAGUGAGAAGGGUAAAGCAAUAGAUUACCAGGGAUCAAACUUACCAAGUGGAGGAACAAAUGAUGGUGCUUAUUGGAUAGAUUUGCCUACUAAUGAUGAUGCUAGAAAUAAUGUAAAGAAGGGAGACAUAGAGAGUGCAGAGCUUUAUGUUCAUGUAAAACCAGCUCUGGGAGGAACAUUUACUGACAUUGCUAUGUGGGUUUUUUGUCCCUUCAAUGGACCUGGCAUACUUCAAGUGGGGUUGGUGAACAUUGAGAUGAACAAAAUAGGUGAACAUGUGGGUGACUGGGAGCACUUCACGCUUCGCGUGAGCAACUUCACAGGAGAACUAUGGUCUGUGUUCUUUUCUCAGCACAGUGGAGGAGAAUGGGUAGAUGCAUUCGGUUUGGAGUUUAUAGAAGGAAACAAACCAGUUGUUUAUUCAUCAAGGCAUGGCCAUGCAAGUUUCCCUCAUCCUGGGAGCUAUCUUCAGGGAUCAUCCACACUUGGAAUAGGAGCAAAGAAUGAAGCAGCUAAAAGUAAACUGACAGUGGAUUCCAGCACCAGAUACAAGGUUGUUGCGGCCGAGUAUCUUGGUGAGGGAGAAAUUGCUGAACCAUGUUGGUUGCAGUACAUGAGAGAGUGGGGUCCUACAGUUGUGUAUGACUCACGUUCUGAAAUAGAUAAGUUGAUAGACCUGCUUCCUGUGUUUGUUAGAUUUUCUUUGGUGAAUUUGUUUGAAUUGUUUCCUACGGAGCUUUAUGGUGAGGAGGGGCCAAUUGGUCCAAAGGGAAAGGCCAACUGGGUAGGAGAUGAAAAGUGUUACUAGUCCCUCCUCUUUGUUUCAUCAAUUCUUCUCUGUUACUCUGCUAUCUGCCUUGUUAAACGGAAUCAAUUAUUUUGUGCUGCAAAAAGAGAAUGAAAUCUAAAAUAAUAACUGACCCAACAUUCCAACUAC